GGGAGGAGGAGAGGGAGGCAGACAAAAAGGCCGCUGAUUGGCUGGCCGCGGAGCAUCUCCAUUGAUAAAGCGCAAAGACUGCAGCAGGACAGCGGCAGUGACGUCGUCCGUCCGGGCAUCCACUCGGACGCAAGCGGAUUCACAUCGAGCCCUCCGCCGUCCGUCACCCUGGGAUCGACGGAGGCUAGCGUGUCGGCCAUGAAGCUGGUGAGAGGAGGAGGAGGCGAGAAAGCGGCGUUCUCCUUCAAGAAGUGCUCGGCCUUUCAGUUCGUCAAGAGGAAGGUGCGUCGAUGGAUGAGGAACCCAAAAGUGAGUGCGGAGAAGGUGGCGGGCAAACGCCUGGCGUGCGUCAGGUGCCCGCUUUCCGACGAACCGUGUUUCCCGAGCUGUUGCCACUAUUACGGGGCCCCGCCUUAUUACGCCGGUGGCCCCGCCCACCUCUACCUUCCGGAUCCCGCCUCGGAAUCGUCGGGAUUGUGUGACAAAAACAAAAGCUGCAAGGUGAGGAAGUGGAAGAUGUUGUCACGCCCGCACGGCGAAGCCAAGGACAGAGACGUGCCCGACGUCGGUGGACUGUCUUGGGGGUCGGGCGUUUGGGGAGCGCCCCCUUUCCCUCCGGAGUGUUGGGCGUGCGGCGGAUUUUACGGCGGCCAUGACGCAUGGCAGCCGCGACAACGCGCGCAGGCUAUGGACCUUUACUACCACAAUGAGUCAGAAGUGGAUGGGUACUGUUGCCCCGGCGACAACGCUUUCAUGAAACAGAGGAAGAUGGGUUUGAACGAUUUCAUUCAGAGGCUCGCCACCAACGCGUACGCGUGCAAACAUCCGGAGGUGCAGUCCAUUCUGAACCUGAGUCCUGCGCAGGAUGCUGAAUUGAUGAGCAGUAGCCCCUCCCCUCCCCCGAGCCCGACGCAGCAGAUCAACCUGGGCCCGUCGUCCAACCCUUCGGCCAAACCCAACGACUUCCACUUCCUCAAGGUGAUCGGCAAGGGCAGCUUCGGCAAGGUACUGCUGGCCCGGCACCGCUCGGACGAUCAGUUCUACGCCGUCAAGGUGUUGCAGAAGAAGGCCAUCCUCAAGAAGAAGGAGGAGAAACACAUCAUGUGCGAGCGUAACGUUCUCCUGAAGAACGUCAAGCACCCCUUCCUGGUGGGUCUCCACUACUCCUUCCAGACGGCCGACAAGCUCUACUUUGUUCUGGACUACAUCAACGGCGGCGAGCUCUUCUACCACCUCCAGCGGGAGCGCUGCUUCCUGGAGCCCCGGGCGCGCUUCUACGCCGCCGAGAUCGCCAGCGCGCUGGGCUACCUGCACUCGCUCAACAUCGUCUACCGCGACCUCAAGCCCGAGAACAUCCUGCUGGACUCGCAGGGGCACGUGGUCCUCACCGACUUCGGCCUGUGCAAGGAGAACAUCGAGCCCAACGGCACCACGUCCACUUUCUGCGGAACGCCGGAGUAUUUGGCUCCUGAGGUUCUGCACAAGCAGCCGUACGAUCGCACAGUGGACUGGUGGUGCUUGGGCGCCGUCCUCUAUGAGAUGCUUUACGGCCUGCCGCCCUUUUACAGCCGCAACACGGCCGAGAUGUACGACAACAUCCUGAACAAGCCUCUGCAGCUCAAGCCCAACAUCUCCAACGCCGCCCGCCACCUGCUGGAGGGGCUCUUGCAGAAGGAGCGCACCAAGCGGCUGGGCUGCGCCGACGACUUUGUGGAAAUCCGGAACCACAUGUUCUUCUCGCCCAUUAACUGGGACGAGCUCAACGCCAAGAAGAUCACGCCGCCCUUCAACCCUAACGUGACGGGCCCCAACGACCUGCGGCACUUUGACCCCGAAUUCACCGACGAGCCCGUCCCCAACUCCAUCGGCUGCUCGCCCGACAGCGCCCUGGUGACGUCCAGCAUCAAAGAGGCGGCCGAGGCCUUCGUGGGCUUUUCCUACGCCCCCUCCAUGGACUCCUACCUAUAGGCCCCGCCCGGCUCCCCCUUUCCUCCCCGUAAACUGGCACUUUGCGACAAACUGCUGUGUGUAAAUACUUUGAAACGUCGACGUAGCGAUCCGUCCUCUUCCUUUCCUCCGCAUUCCCUUUUUUGUUUUGGCUGAGAUGAAAAAGGGAGCAAGUGAAUGUUACAGAGCGAGCGUUUUGCUCAGAGGUGCCUUUUUUACACGACCGGUCAUUUUGCACACAGAAAUAAUAAAGGAGAGACUCGCCGCUAUGUUGCCAUGGAAAGUCUUAGCACAGCACCACCUAGCGGAAAGAAUUUCUUCCUCUUGAUCUUAAGUUCUAUUUAAGUUAGUUUGUAUAUUUGCGGACGCGUAAGGUUGCAAUGUAUAUAGAACAGAAAACUAAAACCAUGUUAUGUAGAUGUAUGUCAUGUUAAUGUUUCAAUGUACUGUACAUUGUAAAAUUGUUCGGAGAGUUUAUGUGACUAUGAUGGCUUUGCAAUAAAACUUGGAACUUUAA